AGAUUGGCAUGUACUACUAGCCUCGGGCAGGGGUUAGGGGUAGCUCGUAUUUACACCUGAGGAGACUUUGCUAAGAAACAUCCCCUUAGUCACGCCUGACCCAAAUAUAUCGAUCUAGGAGUAUACUUAAAAUAGUAGCUCCUAAGAUAUUUGGGAAAUAUCCUAAUUUAUUUGACAUUUGUUUAGCGUAGUUCACAUUCUUACCCAUAUCGCUUAUGGAGCCGUCCUAACUGCUGACCUUUUCAAGAUGGCGGUCCGAGGACGCCACUCUCGGGCUCGCGCACCUCCCCAAGAUGGCGGCGCCCGAGGCCUGGCGCGCCCGGAGUUGCUGGUUCUGUGAGGUAGCGGCGGCAACGACCAUGGAGGCCACGUCCCGGGAGGCGGCGCCAGCGAAGAGCUCGGCCUCGGGCCCCAACGCUCCCCCCGCCCUGUUCGAGCUGUGCGGGCGGGCGGUGAGCGCCCAUAUGGGGGUUCUGGAGAGCGGGGUGUGGGCCCUCCCAGGCCCAAUACUUCAAAGCAUCUUACCUCUGCUGAAUAUAUAUUACUUGGAGAGGAUUGAGGAAACUGCCCUCAAGAAAGGCCUCUCUACUCAGGCCAUCUGGCGCCGACUCUGGGAUGAGCUGAUGAAGACAAGGCCUUCUAGUUUGGAAAGUGUGACCUGCUGGCGAGCCAAGUUUAUGGAGGCUUUUUUUUCCCAUGUUCUACGUGGGACCAUUGAUGUGUCUUCUGACAGGCGACUGUGUGACCAGCGCUUCUCGCCUCUUCUGCACAGCUCCCGCCAUGUCCGACAGCUCACCAUCUGCAACAUGCUGCAGGGUGCAACCGAGCUGGUGGCUGAGCCCAACCGCCGGGUUCUGGAGACCCUGGCCAGUUCCCUGCACACCCUCAAGUUCCGCCACCUGCUGUUCUCUGAUGUGGCUGCUCAGCAGUCACUUCGCCAGCUGUUGCAUCAGCUCAUUCAUCAUGGGGCUGUCAACCAAGUGUCGCUGUACUCCUGGCCUGUGCCAGAGUCAGCCCUUUUCAUCCUUAUCCUCACCAUGAGUGCUGGCUUCUGGCAGCCGGGCCCUGGUGGCCCACCCUGCCGCCUCUGUGGAGAAGCCUCCCGAGGCCGGGCCCCAUCCCGAGAGGAAGGGUCCCUCUUGCUAGGCUCACGCCGGCCUCGCCGAGAUGCUGCUGAGCGAUGUGCUGCAGCCCUGAUGGCCACCCGGCGGAAGAGUGAAGCCAAGCAGAUGCCCAGAGCUGCACCUUCCACUCGGGUAACACGCCGGAGCACACAAGAGAGCCUGACAUCAGGCGGGACAGACCCUAAGAGGGAGCUGUACCCUCCAGCCACCUCCCAUGAGGCUCCUGGCACCAAGCGGCCACCCUCUGCUCCAGCCGCCACUUCCUCUGCCUCUGCCUCUGCCUCCUCUUCCACAUCCUCAUCCAAACGAGCUCCAGCUAGCUCAGCCCCACAGCCUAAGCCUCUAAAGCGUUUCAAGCGAGCUGCAGGGAAGAAGGGUGCUCGCACCCGUCAGGGGUCUGGAGCAGAGUCUGAAGACCUGUAUGACUUUGUUUUUAUUGUGGCUGGUGAGAAGGAGGAUGGUGAAGAGAUGGAGAUCGGGGAAGUGGCCUGUGGAGCUUUGGAUGGAUCAGAUCCCAGCUGCCUGGGGCUUCCAGCACUGGAGGCCUCCCAGCGAUUCCGCAGCAUCUCCACCUUAGAGCUAUUCACAGUUCCUCUCUCCACGGAGGCAGCCCUGACACUAUGCCACCUGCUGAGCUCCUGGGUGUCUCUGGAGAGCCUCACACUCUCCUACAAUGGCCUAGGUUCUAACAUCUUCCGCCUACUGGACAGCCUGCGGGCCCUGUCAGGUCAGGCUGGAUGCCGCCUCCGUGCCCUGCAUCUCAGUGACCUGUUCUCACCACUACCCAUCCUGGAGCUGACACGUGCCAUCGUGCGAGCCCUGCCCCUGCUACGAGUCCUUUCUAUUCGUGUCGACCACCCAAGCCAGCGGGACAACCCUGCUGUGCCAGGGAAUGCAGGGCCCCCUAGCCACAUAGUUGGGGAUGAGGAGAUACCAGAAAACUGCCUGGAGCAGUUGGAGAUGGGAUUUCCACGGGGAGCCCAGCCAGCCCCACUGCUCUGCUCCGUACUGAAGGCCUCAGGUUCUCUGCAGCAGCUGUCCCUGGAUAGUGCCACCUUUGCCUCCCCCCAGGACUUUGGGCUUGUGUUGCAAACACUCAAAGAGUACAACCUAGCCCUGAAGAGACUGAGUUUCCAUGACAUGAAUCUGGCUGACUGUCAGAGUGAGGUGCUCUUUUUGCUACAGAAUCUGACUCUUCAAGAGAUUACCUUCUCCUUCUGCCGUCUGUUCGAGAAGCGCCCAGCCCAAUUUCUGCCUGAGAUGGUUGCUGCUAUGAAGGGCAACUCCACACUGAAGGGCCUUCGGCUGCCAGGGAACCGCCUGGGGAAUGCUGGCCUGUUGGCCCUGGCAGAUGUUUUCUCAGAGGAUUCAUCCUCUUCUCUCUGUCAGCUGGAUAUCAGUUCCAACUGUAUCAAGCCAGAUGGGCUUCUGGAGUUCGCCAAGCGGCUGGAGCGCUGGGGCCGUGGAGCCUUUGGUCACCUGCGCCUCUUCCAGAACUGGCUGGACCAGGAUGCAGUCACAGCCAGGGAAGCCAUCCGGCGACUCCGGGCCACUUGCCAUGUGGUUAGCGAUUCGUGGGACUCAUCCCAGGCCUUUGCAGAUUAUGUCAGCACCAUGUGAUGGGGCCCAUACCUCACAGACCCAUGUUCAGUACCAUCAGCUUGCAGGGGCUGAGGCAUGGGCUGCCCAGAAACCCCAACCACCAGUUCUGUCCUUCUCUAUCACCCUUUUUCUCUUUUUCCCUUCUUCCCUUGCACUGAGGUCCUGGAGGCCUUGAUGGAGCCCAACAAAGGCAUUCCCACAGCUGGGUUUAGAGCCUUUGGGCCCCUUACUCAGUAUCCUGCGAACCCUGGGCCAGGAUUACAGUUUUCAUCACCAUCACUGAAGACAGUUCCCCUCCCCCUGCCCUGGGGUUCCUGCCUUCCCACCUUAAGCAGGUACCCAGGCUUUAGAGAAGUGUAGGAGUGCCCACUACCAGGCCUUUUCCCUGCUGGGCUUACCAUGCUGUUCCCAGGCCUCAGUCCCUUUCAUACCUUUAUUCCUUUCUUUUUUUUAACCAAAAAAGUUUUUCUUAUAAAAUAAAUUUUGGGCAAACAUCA